AUGCUGAGUCUGGAGAAGAGAGAAUACGACUGUAAUCUGCCGAGAAGAUUGGAAGCUUCAGCAUCCACAUCAGCCAUCUCAAUCUUACCUCCGACUAGCCCAAAAUCAAUUGGAUUAACUCUCAAUUCGUCUGAUCCGACCUUGACGGAGGAGAUCAAUGAGUCUUCAAGUUCCAUAAGCUCAAACAACACAAGCUGCUCACCAACCAGGUUCAUCACACCUCCUGAUAUUUCAAGUCCCAUGGCAAUGGCUCCUGAUGCGACACCUGAAAACUUGAUGGAAAUUGACAAUCAAUCUGACUCGAGUUCACGGACGCAACUGCCAUUGUUCAGAGCCGAAUCACGCCAAGGGUCUCAAGCUUCUAUGACUGGUAGCAAUUCAGGUUGGGUACACCAGACAGCAAAUAUGGAAAGGGGACGUCCGAUACCGAAUCGGCAAAAUACAAAUGUAUUUUCUGAACCGAGGAUGGCCAACGCCCGUCCUCCAUCGACUCCCAAUAAUCGGUCUACACCUAUCGACGUUGCUUGCACCCCGACUCAACAAAGGCGUCAAGUCAAUCCGACCGCCAAACCGAAGUUAUGGCUCCGACCUUCCAAAACUUCACAAAAUGACCCUACAACGAGUUUAAGGAAACAAAGGGACACAAUGACCCCAGAGAACAAGGAUGAUGAUCAAAAUACAUCUAGAGCUAUUCAGCAGCAUUUUCGAUACCUUGCGGGAGUUGGCCGGCUAAAACACUCCUUCCCCAGAUCCCCAACUUUUGAAGAUCUGGAAGCGUUACCGGACCUUCCUGAUGGCACCGCACCCCUGGGUCUAUCAGCAGCAUUCCUCCUCAGAGCUGAUCAGCUCUCGCAAGAAUGGGUUGAGGAUGACACAAUGGGCGAGGGCUUUCGAAAUCGUUGUGAACAAAGACUCAGACAAUAUGGCAUUCCCUACGUUGGUUUGAGCUCUGCAAGACAUAACCCAAAAGCUGACGAAUGGAAUCGACGGACGUUGGAGUUUUGCUUAGACACAUUCAACUGUGCAGUGGAUGGUCUAGAGUACGACGACUUAUACCGAGUAGAUCGCGAAGAGCUUGAUGUAGAUAGAAUCAGAGAGCUAGUGGCGACUCAUCUGAAAUAUUGUAUCAACAACAAACGAAUAUUUUUGAAAGAUAAUACUAACUUACAAAAACAUAUGAAGGAAGACCGCCGGGCAAAGCGAGCCAUGAACCUUGCAGAUAGACGUCAUGAAGCUUGUCUAAAUUACGAAGAUUUGAAUGUUUACCAGGAUCUGUUCCUAGAUCGUCGGUACUGUUCGUCUGACGAAUCUGAUGAUGAGGUCAUGGAACAGGAUCGGGUGCGGGAUAUUCCAUUAUGGCGGAGCCGGCUAGGAACUGCCCUGGUGGAGUACAUCGAUGGUACGUAUCUUCAAUUAAGACAAGAAGAAGUUCCCAAGCGCCCUGGAAGAAAACCAGCAAAGCGUAAGACAUCACAAACCGCGCCAGUUGUAGGCUCCUCAAAAUGGCCAGUAGGUCUUCCAAGUGAUUGCUAUGAUUCCAGAUGGCUUGCUAGCCUCAAUGCAAAAGAGCGUAAGGCCCUCAAAAUGAAGCCAGCAGCGUUGCAGGGUGUUUCGGCACUACUAGAUUGA